CUGCAUUACAUACGAUAUUGCAUACCUACUUAUACAUGCAUAUCAUGGAAAAUUACGACUCCGUGAGGGACACCGCAUGAGCAAAUGAUUUCGUUUAAACUUGUAUUGAACAACAGAUCCAAAGUACAAAAGUCGGAUAUUUAUUUAAAGGAAGUUUGCGAGUGGAAUUUAUUUAAAACGGAGGACACACAAACGUAUAAAUUAUUUAUAUUUAGUCGGAAUAUCAUGGGACAUGCCUCCAACAAACAAACAAUUACUCAUGCACAUGUGGCUUUAAUUAUAAUAAUAGCACCAGUUAUAAGCAGAUUUUUUCUCAAGGCGUACUCGUAAAACGACAAGCACUAAUUGAUCGGGAUAUUCUUAGCACUAGAUAAAAAUUUAUUGAGUGGGAGUCGGCCGACCAGGUUUAAAUUUAGAACAAAAGAGAUAUGAAUAAUCCACAACAGUUUUAAAAUUUUUUCAGCACAAUGCAAAUUUCUUGGACUUUGUACCACCACACAGCUUCGUCAUGUUGUCUACCUCAAUUAGUAUCACGUUGCUAAAGUGGACUUUGCAAUAACAAGUUUUCAAGGAACAAAUAUUUUCGUAUAGCAAUUAUGAUUGUUUGUCCAAUUUUCUUACUUCUGAACACAUAGGCAUGUAAGGAAAAAAGUCGUCAAUUAGUUCAUCGGUGGUGGAUUAGAGACAAACGUAUUAAUUCGUAUGAAGUAUUUGCACAUACGAAUUAAUUAGCUAAUUAGUGUCAUGCGUUAUUAAUUAGAUUCGUAGGCGUGGCAUUUUUAUUUAUGAAGCAAUUUGACACUAGUCAUGCAUACCAUCACAAAAACUAUUCCAAUUAUCGCAGAAAACGCUAAAACUAAGCAAAUAUCAUGAUUAUCAAUCAGCUACCUCUAAUCUUUGUGCAAUGACAAAAAUUGUGGGUCACUCGGUCAUCACCGAGUUUAAUAAAUUUUCCAAAUUAUUUCGCCUAAUCGGAAUAUUUCCAACGUUCCACUCCAAUAAUAAAAAUAGCAUAAAACGGAGUAUAUUAUUUUGUUAUAUCAUCUUUUUCUCGGUAGCAUUCCACGUUUUGCAACUCGCUCCAAACUACAUUAGACAAAAUGUUUGGUUUCGACACGUAUCCAAUCCUACCGAUCAAUUUGCUUUCUUUGGUUUCAUUUCUACGAUAUAUAUUUUACGACUAAUCUGUUUUUUCAUAACGUUGUGGAAAGCACGUUCUAUUUACGAAUUGUUGCAAAGUUUUCAGAAAUACGAUACUAAUUUCCCUUGCAGUAAUGCCGUCGUCCGAGAAAAUAGGAAAUUACCAACACCGUUUUCCCCAUUAUUUUAUUUUCUCAGUGCUGGGGCGAUGACCAAUAUUAUUGGAAACAUAGCCGCUGGAUCCAAAGAUUUCCAAAAGAUAUUUGGACCCAAGAGCAAUGACAACUUUUAUCUUUUUGGAAUUUCUGUCACUAAUAUUCAUCUAGUUUUGGGGGCAACUUUCGUUUCACAUGGAAUUUGUGAGUUAGCAUUCGUGUUUUUUGUCUCGGUUUUAUUUUAUUAUAUAAAAUGUUUAAAAUUUCGAGUAGUUUCCAUACAGUUGGAAUUGUCAAAAUUUGAAAAUUUGAAAUCUAUUGAAAUCUUCUCGACAAGAUUAAGAGAAUUGUUUCGUAUUUCAAAAAGUAUUGGUGAAUGUUCUGGUGGAUUUUUGCUCUGUUUUGCUGGAAUGUCUCAAUUUUUGCUGCUUGUUGCUCUGCACCUUUUAAUUGUUUAUGUAUUGGACCCACCCAUCCCUAAUGAUUUUGGGGAGAAGUCAUUAAUCGAGGACAGGGAAUUGUUGAAGACGGGAACCUUUGCAAUCAUUGUCUUUGUUGGUUUCACUUUGGUAAGGUUGGGAAUUUUUGUCUACUUGGGAGAUCUAAUUGAAAUGGCGGGUGACGAAUUUCAAUGGAGUUUGGAAAAUUUGGAUAACACAAGUUUAGCAAAAUUUCCCGAGUUUGCAGUACAGCUUGAUAUCUUACGACGCCUAGUUAGUGAAAAUCGGUUUGAGUUGGAUGCAUGCGGAUUUUUCACAGUCAGUCGUAAAUUAAUUAUUUCAAUGCUGAGUUCCACCAUCACAUUUCUUAUUGUCUUCACUCAAUUCAGAUCAACCACGGCUGGAGUUUUGGCAUGAAAUUAUUUUUGGGAAUUACAUGUGUAAUGGAUUGCGAAAACUUCUCGCGUCAACGUGAAAUAAAUGGAGUGGAGUUGUUGGAAGGAACCAGAGACAGUUUAUAAAUAAGUAGUUUCUUGUCUUGUCAUUAUUUUUGUUGCAACUUUAUACUGGAAGGAAACAAAAAACAAUAUGAAGCAAUUAAUAUUUAUUUGUACUUAUCAUGUUAUCAACUUGUAAGAAAUUAAAUAGCAAUAUAAAAUUAGAAAAAUUGCAGUAAUCACUAUCACUAUCAUUAACCUUCACAAUCAGCCACCAGAAAAAAUAAAUUGUAAAAUUCUCCAGUCCGUUUUUUCGGUUUAUCAAUUGCCAAUUGCAAUUUGUCAUCCUGCCAUCACGUUGAACUGCCAAAAAAAUGCAAAACUUAAAAAUGGCAUAUUUUCUAUCACAUUUCCUAUUAUUUGUCCAUUUAAUAUACUAUACCACACCAAACCCAUUAGAAAAUCACUGUCUAAAAAUAACAGGGAUUAACAACU